UCCUGAGCGAAACGGCAGAGCUCCGAGAACGCGAUUGGUUCAAAGAGCUGUCAAUCACUGUGUGCACACAGCACCGGCGAAUAGAGAGGAGGCGGGCUGAAGUAAGAAAAUUAUAAGGUCAUUGGAAUUACCAGCGCUACAAGCCAUCGUUACAAUGAAGCGAUAAAAGAUAAGAAUGAAAAAAUGAAAUAAACAGGAGCAAAGUCUACCGAAGACGCCGCGGUUAUUAGGUAAAAGGCAGGCGUGUGGCCGUUACACACCGGCGCGCGUGAAUCCGCGGAGGUUUCGCUUAAGCCGAUCAAGGUGGGAUCGUACGGGACAGGUUCCCCUUCUGCCAUAAAACACAGGUUAUUGUGAACACGGACACCGAUACCGAGGAUGUUGCGGUUGGCGUGCUCCACGGCCCUUCUCUUCGUGCUCAGGCUGUUCGUCGGCCUGUCCUGGUUCCAGGUUCUGCCAUCCAUUUCCAUUUUCUUCCUGGGUUCUGGAGGAUGGAAGUCCUUACAUGUGUUUUCAAAGACCAUAUACCGCGAUUUGCAUGCAGCCAGUGUGUUGCUGAGGGUAAAACUGAAUGUCAAAAAGCACCUCCGUGAGCGCAACACCGUUCCCAAACUUUUUGCCAAGUCUGUCAAGAAAUACGGUGACAAGACGGCUCUGAUUUUUGAAGGAACGGGCGAGAAAUGGAGCUUCAAGGAGCUUGACGACUACUCCAACCGCGUGGCUAACCUUCUGCUUCAGAGGGGCUUCACGGAGGGCGACGUGAUCGCUCUGUUCAUGGAGAACCACUCUCAGUACGUGGGGCUCUGGCUGGGAAUGGCAAAGAUCGGAGUGGAGGCAGCUCUCAUCAACUUCAACCUGAGACUGGAGGCUCUGGUGCACUGUGUCAACAUCUCCAGCGCCAAAGCAGUGGUGUUCGGCAGUGAGCUGACAGAUGCGAUGUGUGAGGUGCACAGCUCCAUGGGAAAGACUGUUAAGCUCCUCUGCUCUGGAGAAUGGGACCCCAAACGGGUUCCUGAUGGGACGGAGCAUCUCGAGCCACUGCUGGAGGCGACCUCUACAAACCAGCCCAGACAACCAGAUCGCAGCUUCACAGAUCGCCUCUUUUACAUUUACACGUCGGGGACCACUGGAAUGCCCAAAGCUGCUAUUGUUGUACACAGUCGGUAUUACCGCAUGGCUGCCUUGGUGUACUAUGGUUUCAGAAUGAAGUCUGAGGAUGUGCUUUAUGACUGUUUACCACUUUACCACUCAGCUGGUAACAUAGUGGGAGUUGGACAGUGUCUGAUCCAUGGAAUGACUGUAGUGAUCAGGAAGAAGUUCAGCGCAUCAAAGUUCUGGGAUGACUGUAUCAAAUACAACUGCACAAUCGUGCAGUACAUUGGCGAGAUCUGCCGCUAUCUGCUUAAUCAGCCGAAGAAGGACACCGAGCACCAACACAAGGUCCGCAUGGCCCUCGGUAACGGCCUUCGUCAGUCCAUCUGGGAGGAAUUCACCACCCGCUUCAACGUCCCACAGAUCGCAGAGUUCUACGGCGCCACCGAGUGCAACUGUAGCCUGGGCAACUUCGAUAACAAGACGGGUGCCUGUGGAUUCAAUAGCCGGAUCCUGCCCUACUUUUACCCCAUCCGCUUAGUCAAGGUGGACGAGGAGACCAUGGAGCUCAUCAGAGGACCUGAUGGAGUCUGUAUCCCGUGUGGUCCAGGAGAACCUGGUCAGUUGGUUGGCCGAAUCAUUCAAAACGACCCUCUCAGACGAUUUGACGGCUACGUCAAUCAAUCAGCCACUAAUAAAAAGGUCGCUCACGAUGUCUUCAAAAAAGGAGAUAGUGCCUAUCUCUCAGGGGACGUGCUGGUGAUGGACGACUACGGCUACAUGUAUUUCAAAGACCGCACAGGAGACACGUUCCGCUGGAAAGGAGAGAACGUCUCCACCACUGAGGUGGAGGGAACGCUGAGCCGCCUGCUGGACAUGAAAGAUGUGGUGGUGUAUGGAGUGGAGGUGCCAGGUGCUGAAGGCAAGGCAGGGAUGGCAGCCAUAGCAGACCCGGACCACAGCACAGACCUGGCGAAGUUUAGCCGGGACCUGGAGAAGGCCCUGCCGCCCUAUGCCCGGCCUGUCUUUCUGCGCUUCCUACCAGAAGUGAACAAAACAGGGACUUUCAAAUUCCAGAAGACAGACAUGCGACGGGAGGGAUUCGAUCCCAGCGUCGUCUCUGACAAACUCUACUUCCUGGACUGCACUAAGGGACAGUAUGUGGAGCUGAAUGUAGAGCUCCAUCGCAGCAUCGUCUCAGGAAAGCAGAAAUUAUGAGACUACUGCCAACCUCCACCUG